GUCACUGAUAAGGCGGGCCCCGUAGUGAUCAUAGAGGAUCAUUCCUCUCCCGAGCCCCCGGUUGUCACCGCGGUGACAGCUCCGACGGACCUUCCCCUGGGGGACUUUCCCCGGGAGACUCUGCAACUUUCCCUUGCUCCGGAAGCUUCCGUGAUGCACGGCUCGGCCAAACCGAAGGCGUUCCUGAGGGGGAUCACUUCGGUGAUGGAUAAGGCGGCCCUCUCGACCUAUGACGACGAGGCCCUCAAGAGCAAGAUCUUCCGAUCUUCUCUAACUGCUUGCAUAGCCCUCGGAGAGCAUGCACGAAGGCUCGAGCAGUGGCGCCUCCACAAGGCUGAGCAGGAUGAGAAGAUGAAGGAGCUCAUCCACAAGAACUCUGACGUUAUGAAGCAGAUGGCUCAACUGGAGGAGAACCUUCGGAAGGCUACUGAGGGGGCUGAGCAGAGGUUGAAAGCUAUCGUGGAGGAGGCCAAACUUGAAGCUGAGAGGGUCGCCG